UUCAUGGCGCCUCCCAUCGCUCACUCAUGUCUAGAUCUACAACUUCUACCGGGGAGCUACUUUGUCUCAAAACUAGAGCCAGGACAGUUCAGGGAGACGAUGGAUGCCCUGUUGGAAGUUGGAGCUGGCGACUCGCCGUUCUUGUCUGUCACUCGCACACAUGAGGAACUUUCAGUUGUCGGCCUAUACAGCGCAGGCAUGCCCAUAAUCAAAUCAGAAGACGCGACUUGGCGGGCCAUCAAGAUAGCAGGGCCAAUGCCAUUCGAACUGACGGGUGUCCUCGCUGGUUUUGUCGAACCUCUGAAGCGGGCCUCCGUGCCUGUCUUUGCUCUCUCUACAUGGAACACCGAUUACGUUCUGAUUCCGAAGAAGGACACAGACACUGCAAUCAACGCUUUGGAGACGGAUGGCUGGGUGUUUGCAUUAAAAUGAACGCAGAACAUGUCGUAAGUGAUGAAUAUCCGUCGAUAUGAAAUCAGAAACGGGGGCAAUAUCCUCCCAGGUUCAGAGGACAAUGUGAUGAAAGAAUGCAUGUACUUCUGAGGAAGAGUGGCUUGCCAUUGUCGAUCGGCUGCACACUGGACCGUCAUUGAUUGAGCACAUUGAGACACGUGACUUUUUUGGACUGGCCCUGCGAGGUGUCCCCUUGACCUUGCUUUCUCCCAAUCUUCUCCUGUCGCUACAAUCUACCCAGUUGCACCAGGCUUCCGGAGCAGACUCAAAGCUCAGGUCCUCAUCAUCGUCAUCGGUCUUUUCGGCAGAAGAGAACCUGCAGCGGCCAGAAUGUCAUCAACCCUGGCCAUGGACGAUAACGAAGCGUCUUUGAGAGCCGCUUCAGGGUUCUUCCCUCAAAAGCGUGUACAGCCCUCGCGCAUUCGUAGGGGUGGACCCGGUGUUGGGAAUUGUGAUGUCGACAUGAUGAUACUGAACUUCCAAUCGAAUAAAUCGGACGGAGACCCAAUUAUCCCCUCAAGAACACCCUUUUAUUUAACCACGGACCCCACUCUCGGACGAAUAGCCACUCAGUUCGCUGGGUCUGCGAGCUCGAGCUCGGGCAUCAGCCUGCCUGCCCACGAGAGCUAUUUCGACCGCCCAGAAGUCAUCCAAUCGUACAGGGAACAGACUCUCAUCGAAACCCCCGAGUUCAGUAGGAUAGACGAACAUAUGGUCGCUGCACGAUUGCGCCGAAGCAGCCACGAUGAUGUUCUUGUGCAUGCGGCGGAUGAUAGCGUUUAUGAGAAGCGACAUAAAAAGUAUGAGGCUUUCGAGAAGCGGAACCGCCUGCGGGAGCGAGAGAAGCUCAAGCACGAGCAAUACAAAUUGAAGGAGAGGAUAGAACAGCUACGGGCCAUGGAGAACUCGGCAUUCCUCGCUGCACCAGAUUCUUCGUUCUCUCCUCAACCUCCAGACGAAGAGCUCGAGAGAGAUCCCGAUCUUUUGCCAUUCAUGGGAAACACCUCCGUUUUGGAGGGCGAGAGAAGAAGGAAAGAGAUGUUGACGACAGCGGUUGCGCUCGAGGAGCGGUAUCGGUUGCUCCUCCCCCCCGAUCGUGCUAGAAAGGCACUCAAUGCUUCCAAUGAUGGUGAAGCUGACCUCGCCUACAAAGAUUCCACCCGACCGAACGACGAGAUGGAGAUCUGGGAAGGCAGUCCAGCUGCUUCCAAGCUGCCUACCCGUGUGACCUUGAAGCUCGGGUCAAAGUCUGGCAAUUUUACACCAGGCAUCGCUACACCCAAGUCAACGUCGCCUUCGAAGAAGCGACGGCGUAGCAGUGUGCAACCUGAGGCAGGUUCAUCAAAUGUGGUCAGCGACAACUUUCAGCUGUACGAUCCGGAGGCGGCGCAAAAGCACCGGCGACCGCGAAAACCAGUCAAGCGACGCAAAAUGGACGAGGACAGCCCCGUGUCUGGUCUGGAGGAACAACCUGACCACGAGCCCUUCCAGUUUGUACCACCGCCUACAGAAUUUCUCCGCACGUCUUCAUCUUCUCUACUCGACUCUACUUCGCCAGAAUCUCAGGAGAUCGACAUGCUACGGGUCGUUCCGUCGCGUGGGAAGGGAAAGGUGGUGCGAGAGUCUUCGGCACCGCCCAUAGAGGCAAUCGUUGGGACAUUCUCUCCAGUUCGACCGGCAAAGCGAACCAAGGGUUCCAGUUCUGCAGCAUUGCCGCUGCGUUCUAUUUCCCGCAAACGUGCUGGGCAGAGGCGACCGUCAAAAUGCGGCUUGGUAAUAUAUGCAGAAAGAGCUUCCAAAAACCCGCGUCAGCUGCAGCAAGCUCGGCGGCUCGAGGCUUUUGGCUGCAAGCUGCCUAAGAUCCUCGAAGACCCUUACAACUUUGAGCUACCCGAAGAGAUUUGCAAGCCGAAUAUUGCAGCUCUUCCGGACGAUGACAUCGACGCUGACGAGCUCGAGGAUGAUGCUUUGAGCGACGACGCUCUUUCGGACUUGGAGGAUACGACAAUGGACUGUGCCGAUCCUGGAGACGACCAGGAUGAAGAGGUGUCCUAGGCGAUCCAGAUCUUGAUUCAGUCUCAUACCAGUUAUAUUCUGUUGUUGUAUUGGCUCUGGUGAAUUAACCAUUCCAUGUCAUGUAA